CCUAACCCUAGAAUCGCUCAUUCCCUGUCCCUCCUCCUGUGUGCGCCGCCGCCGCUGCGCACACGCCACAUCUCGUCGCCCUCCUCCACAUCUUCGGCCAAGGCGCUCACUUCUCCGGCCGUCCUCCACAUCUCCUCGCCCUCCUCCACAUCUCCGGCCAAGGCACUCACUUCUCCGGUCGUCCUCCUCAUCCUCCACCCCAUCCACUUCCUGUUCUCCAAGACUGCAACAUGGUGCUCGGCGGCUGCGGCAACGUAGCUGAUGGAGCGCGAGCCGACCAGUUCAACGGAGGCAGUAGCACGGGGCAGCGGCAGCAGCAUGGAGGGCGUCCGCUUGACUGGGAAGGUGAUGGAACUGCAAAUAGGAGUGGCAGCGGCAACCAUGAUGCAAGUGCAAUUGGUUCCCAAAGCUCUUGGAAAGGAAUUAAAGAUAAUAACUUAUAUGAUCCUUGGAACCAUACAUGGCCGUAUUAUGGGGGUUAGGAAGGUCAAGGAGUGGCUGAAUGAGGAUGAAGAGGAUCCAAUUGUGGAUGGAGCUGAUGCGGCAAGUGCUAUUUUUGAGAGAAUAAGGCGCCUCAACUCAAGCAGGAAGGAUUCUUAUGUUGGUACGAAGGCUAAUAAGAAGAAAAGAAAGAGGAGUCAUGAUGAGGAGAAUGAGUAUGUCGAAACUGAGAGUGAGGAUGAUGACAACAAGAAUGAGUAUGUUGAUAAUGAGAGUGAGGAUGAUGAUGGGGUGAGUGAGGAUGAUGAGGAUGAUCAACAAGAUCAGCAAGAAACACAAAUGCAAGUGGAAGAAGAGAUACAAGUACAAGUCGAAAAGGAGACACAAGCAAGCUUGGCAAUUUGGAGACUCGUAGAUCUGGCCGACUAGUUAGGAAGAAGGUCAAGGAAGUCAACAGCCUCUACUCAUAGAUUUGCUGGAGCUUGGAGCAUGAUGCUAGCUGGAGCUUGGAGCAUUGAAGCUGGAGCUUUUUCGAUGGAACAAGACCUCCCCGUCCAUGCUUUCAUGGAUUUCUGUUGGAGCUGUUGUUCGUUGUGAUGCCUUGAUGGUUGUCUUUUGCUGUUCGGUGUGAUGCUUUGAUGGCUGUCUUCUGGAGCUGUUUCUAUGUGAAAUCCUUUAAAUCCUAUUGUUGGUUGUACUGAAGUAUCUAAACUUUGGAAUGAUGUGAUGGUUGUGGACUGUAAGUUUAGAACUAAUGUGCGUGAGGUUUAUACUGGACUGAUGCUCUUAUUUUAAUCCCUAGAGGCAAUUUGCUAAACAUUAUAUGAUUA